AUGCUUUGUGCGGACAGCUUUCCUCGCAAAGCAUUAUGGGAUUUGCUCCCACAGUGGCCCACUGUUACCAUAGGCUGCAGCUACCCGACAGCGGUCACUAAUAACAAAGAUGGUGCAGGCACCGUGCAGUGGUGCCUGCCCACUACUGUGAUCACCAUUCAGACAGUGAUUGUCGUCCAAACGGCAGGUCAAAGUUUUCUCGCAGUCUGUAAGCUCUAUGUGUAUCACUACAUUGACAAGAAAUGGAAACAAAAAAGGCUGGCUUGGUCUGAUCUACCGAACAGAUGUAAAAAGAACCUGUCUCUGCCAGGAGUGAAGCUCAAUGAAAGUGAUCUAAACUGGAACAAAGGAGAACCAAAUGAUGUAGACACUGAAAACUGUGGGUUUUUGCUCAAAGACCUCACAUUGGGAGAUGUCUCCUGUAGAGGAGACGAGGAGUACAAAAGUUAUUUUGUUUGCUUUGAUGACCAUAACCAAAGAAAGAGAUUUCAUCUAAUCAAAAUAAAGAGUACGUGGCUGGAAGCUCAGAGUUACUGCAGACAGAAACACACAGAUCUGGUCAGUGGGAUAAACCAGCUACAGGAUCCACAACUCAAGGAAGAGAUCAACUCUAUAGACACCUUUGUGUUUGUUGGCUUGUUUAGGGACACCUGGCAGUGGUCGGAUGGAAGCAGUUUCUCUUUCAGACACUGGCAUAAAGAGUUUGACGAUGAAGGAGAAAUGGCUGAUCACUGUGUUGCUAUUGAUGAUAAAGACGGGUGGAACAUAAACCGCUGCACCAAGCAGAUGCCCUUCAUUUGUUAUGAAGAUAAAGUGAUCCUGAUUAAAAAAAAGAUGAACUGGGAGGAUGCCUUAUACUACUGCAGAGAUCACUACCAUGACCUGGUCACCAUCACCAGCCUGGAUGAGCAGAGAUGGAUCCAGGAGAAAGCCAAGAAGGCCUCCACUGAUUAUGUCUGGAUGGGAUUGCACUACACCUGUACUCUGGAUUUCUGGUUCUGGGUCAGUGAUGAGGUGGUCAGGUAUAAGAACUGGGCCUCAGGGGAACCAGUGGAUGACUGUGACAUGUCUGGGGCCAUGGAAACAGGAGGAGAACACAAGUGGAGAAAAAUGAAUGAUGAGAAGAAGUUUAAUUUCAUCUGUGCAAAAUUCUAGAGUCUGUAACUCCAAAUGUCUUUUCAUUUAUUUUACAACUUUUGCAGUUCUUUAGAGUGCAUUGUUUUUUGUGUGUUUUUAGAAGUGUACUACCUUGCUUUGUACAGUAUCUUAGAACUGGAUUGUUGGGAACUGCUCUUUGUUUUUAGACAGUUUUUAUUUCAU